AUGCACAUCUCGUGGUUUUUGGCUCAUAUUCUGCGAAACUAUUCACAACUGGAGUACAUUUCCCCCAAAAAUCGUGCGAUUCUUAUAACAGGAUGUGAUUCUGGUUUUGGUCAUCACGUGGUCUAUCAAUUAGAUUCGUAUGGAUUUCAUGUAUUUGCGGGCGUUUUGUCGACUGAUAGCCAGAGUUCAGAGAGACUUCGCGUUAAAUGUUCAGAUCGUCUGAAAAUAACCAAAUUAGACGUCACUCAAGAAGACGACGUCAAGCGUGUGGUCAAAGAGAUCGAGGAAUCGAGUUUUGACUUAUGGGCUGUGCUUAACAACGCAGGUAUCGCUCAAUACUCUUUGGUAGAAAUGGGUCCCGGAAUCGAUAUCUUCGAGAAGACUUUUGCGGUCAAUGUGUUUGGUUUGGUUAGAGUUACCAAACAUUGUUUACCACUUUUGAGGAAAUCUGGCGGACGAGUAGUCAAUAUGGCCAGUGUUGCCGGUCGUUUCACAUUCUGGGGAAUUACAGCCUAUUGUAUGUCUAAAUACGCGGUCAGAGCCUUCUCUGAUGGACUUCGCAAAGAGUUGAGUCGUUUUGGUGUAAAAGUGGUGACAAUAGAGCCAAAUAUGUACAAAACAGAAAUCGUCAAUUUGGACACACUUUCCAAUGCAUUGGAUCAGAUAUGGGACAAAACUGAUCCGCAAAUACGUGAAGACUAUGGCGGCCAUAGAUUUCACCAACAAAUGAGAAAUCGCUUGAAAUACAAUGUCAUGAUAUCUCGACCACAGAUACACGAAGUACUGGACGUCCAGCAGAAGGCCAUCACUCUCUGCGAACCCGAUCUCUACUACAGAUGUGCCGCCAUUACAGAGAAGCCCUCCAUUUGGUUGCUCUCCAUCCUUCCAGAAUCGGCUCAAGACUUCUUUCUGACGGGAAAGGCGUGGAAAACGGCUCUGGAUUUCUAUAAAUGCAAACAAUAA